AAAAGAUUCAACAGGCAGAGAUGCAUAGGACGAUUUGUAUUUUCAGAGGUUCAUCAUGAGGACUAAGGUUGCUCUCCAGCUGGGCUUCUGUGGCCUUUAUCUGACUCUGGCACUUCUUGGAGAAGGAAUGGGAGAGGAGCCUGAUCCACCAGCAGUGAAUUGUGCAUGGAGCCGCUGGACAGAGUGGAGUUCUUGUGAUCCUUGCACAAAAACCAGGAGACGUUCUCGAAGUGUAGACGUGUUUGGCCAGUUUGGAGGCGAGUCUUGCCAAGGAUCACUUGGGGACAGGGCGUUCUGUGUAACAGAUGCCAGAUGUAACCUGCCACCGCCCCCUGUGUGCUCAGACUCAGAGUUCCAGUGCGAGUCAGGUUCGUGCAUUAAGAAGAGAUUAAUGUGCAAUGGGGACUACGACUGUGAAGAUGGAUCAGAUGAGGACUGUGACCCUGGGCGUAAACCGUGUGGGUCAGCUCUCCUGGAUAGCAAUGAGCAAGGCAGGACAGCAGGAUAUGGAAUCAACGUCUUGGGUGCAGAUCCUCGAAUGAACCCUUUCAACAAUGAUUACUUCAACGGGAGGUGUGAUCGAGUGAUGAAUCCAAACACUGGGCGGAAUGACAGGCUUCCCUGGAACGUCGGUGUGCUCAACUAUCAGACUCUGGUGGAGGAAACAGUUUCUAGAGAAAUCUAUGAAGAUACACACAGCCUUCUGAGGGAGAUUCUGAAAGAGAUGACUCUUAAAGUUGAUGCUGGACUUUCCUUCAAAUUCGACCCAAGUGAGAACUCCAUGUCAAACUCUUCUGUGAAUAUAAAUGUUGGGAAGAAUUAUCAGAAGAAUACAAUGCUUAAGGAGGUCUCGGAGUACACCACCAUUAAGAACAAGAGCUUUAUGCUGGUAAAGGGAAGAGUACAGCUAAGCACCUACAGGAUGCGCUCUCGUGAACUCAAAGUGGCCGAUGAAUUCCUGGAGCAUGUCAAAUCUUUGCCUUUGGAGUAUGAGAAGGGUAUUUAUUUUGCCUUCCUGGAGGACUAUGGAACCCACUAUACCAAAAAUGGGAAGUCUGGUGGUGAAUAUGAGUUGAUCUAUGUUCUCAACCAGGACACCAUCAAGACGAAAAAUCUGACGGAGAGAAAGGUUCAAGAGUGCGUCAAAUUAGGGAUCUCAGCAGAACUUAGCGGUCUAGGAAAACUACAUACCAACAAGGAUGGCUGUGAUGAUGUAACAUCAAAAGGAGAAGGUAGCGAUCAUGGAAAAGCAGUGGUGGACAAGGUGAUGACAUCAGUCAAAGGAGGUACUCUAGAAAGCGCUGUAACCAUGAGGGCUCACUUGAAUAAGGAAGGGGUGAUGGACAUCACUACGUAUCAGAACUGGGCACGGACCAUCCCAGAGGCCCCUGCACUACUUUACAGUGAGCCAGAGCCCAUCUAUAUGUUAAUUCCUGUGGAUAUACCUGGUGCUAACUCCAGGAUAACCAACCUGAAGCAGGCCACCGCAGAUUAUGUCGCGGAGUAUAACGUAUGCAAGUGUAAGCCUUGUCAAAACGGUGGCACUCUUGCUCUGCUAGAUGGAAAGUGCAUGUGUCUGUGCCCUCACCUGUUUGAAGGCAUGGCCUGCCAGAAUUUCAAGGGCGAUAAAUCUAAAACCCCAGGUACAAGACCCACUGUUAAUCAGGAAGGUAACUGGUCAUGCUGGUCUACCUGGUCUAUCUGUACUGGAGGGAAACGCACCAGGACACGCAGGUGCAACACAGAGGGGCUCCAGGGAGCUGUGUGCAGAGGCGACACCAACAAUGAAGAAUUCUGCUAAGCAGAAACAUGACCAUUUACCAAACAUAGUCUCUCUUUCUCACUCUCUCUGACACACAAUUACUGUUCUCACACAACCCAUGUCAAAAAGACAAAACUAAAAAGAAAAAGAAAAAGAAAUAUUUCUGUCUUUACAUGCUUAGUCAGGAGAACAGUGCCAUCUUCAGGCUGGUAAUAGAAAAUGCAGUUCAUAAAAUUGCAGGGGUUUUUUUUUUGCAGGUGGUGUUUUAGUUAAUUUUUUAAAUGUUUGGUAUAGAGUACCAGUUGUAAAUAUGUACACAUACAGAUUUGGUUGAAAAAAAAAGAUCUUUGUGAAACUUUAUUGACCCAUUGAACUGAGUGUUAUGGUAUUUGUACAAAUGACACAAAUAAAAAAAAAAAAAACAGCAAACUAACAUGAAGCAUAACAUGUUAUUA